AUGGGGCUAUGGCAGAACUCGGCGUGCGGCGAUAACCGAGAUGCUCAGCAUGCUCUGGAGAGGGACGUCGAGGACAAAACCUCAGCCCAGUUUAUCGAUGAGAAGUGCUUUAAUCUGAGGAACACGUCAGACUGCAUCAGCUUCUUCCACGGCAUGGAGAAAGUCGAUGGCACGAUCUCUGUGCCCGAGACCUGGGCCAAGUUCAGCAAUGACAACAUCAGGCACUCACAGAACAUGAGGGCCAACUCCAUCCGGCUGCGCGAGGAGGCUGAGAAUCUCUUUGAGGCCUUGUCAGAUCAGAUGUGGAAGCAGUUUACCCACACCAACCUGGCCUUCAGUGCCCGCAUCUCCGAGGUGACAGACGCGAAGAAUAAACUGCAGGCACAGCUGGCGAAGACGCUGCAGGAGAUCUUCCAGGCAGAGAAUACCAUCAUGCUUCUGGAAAGGUCCAUCAUGGCCAAGGAGUGCCCACUGAAGGUGGCGCAGACGAGGCUGGAGUGUCGGACCCGGCGCCCCAAUGUGGAGCUGUGCAGGGACAUCCCACAGUUCAAGCUCGUGAACGAGGUGUUCACCAUCGACGACACCUUGCAGACCCUCAAGCUGAGACUGCAGGAGACGAAGGACACGCUCCAGCUGCUGGUAAUGACCAAGUGCCGGCUGGAGCAUGAGCUGGCCAUCAAGGCCAACACACUCUGCAUCGACAAGGAGAAGUGCAUGAGCAUGCGCAAGACCUUCCCCUGCACGCCACGCCUGGUGGGGUACACCUGAGCCACCGCUGGCCCCCAGCCUCCUGCUCCUCACCGGUUCCGCGUGCAGCAUAAAAAUGGAAAAGGCAGAAAAACAAAAUAAAGUGUCAUUUUCUCCCUUUCCUCCUAUCAUGGAAAGAAAAACCACAUUAUAUAAAUAUAUAUAUUAAGAGCCAAAAUAAACGUGCCCAAACCAAA